AAUAAUCUCUUCAAUGACAAAAAUAGUUUGUUUAUUUGUCGACUGGCUAUCAAGAUCAACCCUUAUAUUCUCCCAAAAUGAAGUAUUUCCGUUUUGCCGCCUAAUGUGCACAUCAAUUAUGGGCUCAUCAAUUCAAAUUUUCCUUUUCUGCGCUGUGAUUGGUUAACAAGGUGUUCGAUUGUUUCUAAAAGGACGCUGAGAAAUCCUUGAAGAAGCCAUUAUUAGUGCAAGCAACUGUUUGGAUAAGAGUUUCUAUAUAUUUUCAUUUAAAUCAUCAACAUGUCAGCCCGUGGAGGUAAAGCAGCGAAGCGCAUGAGAAGCACUCGCUCUCAGAAGGCUGGCCUGAUCUUUCCUGUGAGUAGAGUGCAUAGAUUUUUGAGAAAAACCACGCACCAUUAUCGCAUAGCUUCGGGCGCUCCAGUGUAUCAAGCGGCCGUGAUGGAAUAUCUCACGGCAGAGAUUCUCGAGUUGGCCGGUAAUGCCGCAAGAGACAACAAGAGAUCAAGAAUUAUACCCCGACACCUACUGGCAAUCGCGAACGACGACGAACUUCACAAGCUUCUGAAAGGUGUGACCAUUGCAUCUGGUGGUGUUUUACCAAAAAUUCACCCAGAACUCUUGAAGAAAAGAAAGGGUGGCAAGUUGUAUACUCCGGAAGAACUGAAGGCAAAGAUAAAAAAGAAGGAAUCAAAAUCAACUCCCAAGAAGGCAGCCACACCAAAAAAGCCUGUGAAAAAAGAGGCAUCAACUCCAAAGAAGAGUGGCAAAGCAGCAAAAAAAGAUGCCAGCAAUGAUUUAGGACCAGGAUUCACAUUGCUGUCUGAGAAAACAUUGUUCUUAGGACAGUCUCUGUGUGUAGUGCAAGGAAAUAUUGCAGAGAUUGAUGUUGAUGCUAUUGUUCAUCCAAGCAAUGCAAAGUUAAAUCUGGCAGGAGAAGUUGGUAAUGCACUGAAAAAGGCUGGUGGUGAGGCUUUUGAAGAAGAAGUGAAAAAUUUGGCAAAAGAUAAGAGUCCCUUGGAAGUUGCUGAUGCUGCCAUUUGCCAAGGACAUGGUUUUCCUGCCAAAUUUGUCAUUCAUAUAAACAGUCCAACUGCUUCCCAGAAGGAUGCCCUGGCGAAGAUUGAAGAAGCUGUGAAGAACGUUCUCACUCUUGCCGAUGAGAAAAAUUUGAAAAGUAUUGCUCUGCCAUCAAUUGGAAGUGGAGCGAAUAAACUUCCAAAGCAAGCCACUGCAGAGGUGAUCCUUCGAGCUAUUUCCGACUAUUUCGUCUCUGUCAUGGCUACCUCGUUAAAAGUUGUCUAUUUUGUCCUUUACGACAACGAGAGUAUUGCUGUUUACACAUCUGAGUUGGCCAGACUGGAUGCAUGAAGCAUAAAAAACGUAACAUUCGUCUUUUAACAAUUAAUUUGAUGUCAUAUAAACCAUAAAUAUUUGAAUUAUUGUAUUACAUCAAAGUGAUAUGAUAGAGAAAUCCGCCGAUAUAAACUGAACCGUGAGUAUGAAUUGUAGAUUUCUUGAUAAUUUUAGUUGAAGAAAAAUAGUCUAUCGUAAAUAUUGUGAUAUUUAACACA